UCUAUACAAUCUAUGUUAUCUAGUGCUACAAAAAAGGUCUCUUAUUAUAUAAUUUCUAAGAUGAAACCCCCUAAUGAUGCAGAAUUUGUUAAAAGAGCAGCUGGAAGAGGUCCUAAAAGCUUUCUAUGGAGUUAUCAUGAUGAAAAAUGUUGAAGGCUCUUUAAAAAAUAUAUAAAUUAAAAAUAGC